AUGGGUCACCAACAACUCUACUGGAGCCAUCCAAAAAAAUUCAGCCAGGGUUCUCGUUCUUGCUGUGUCUGCUCAAACUGGCAUGGUCUGAUCCGGAAAAACGGCCUGAAUGGGUGCCGCCAGUGUUUCUGUCGGUACGCGAAGAACAUCGGCUUCAUUAAGCUGGACUAA